CUGUGAGAAUGAUAAUGGGGUGGGAGAAGCCUUAGCUGUGUCUCUGUGAGGGAGAGAAUGAUAAUGGAGAGAGAAUCCUUAGCUGUGUCUCUGUGAGGGUGAGAAUGAUAAUGGAGAGAGAAGCCUUAGCUGUGUCACUGUGAGGGUGAGAAUAAUGGAGAGAGAAGCCUUAGCUUUGUCUCUGUGAGGGUGAGAAUGAUAAUGGAGAGAGAAGCCUUAGCUGCGUCUCUGUGAGGGUGAGAAUGGUAAUGGAGAGAGAAGCCUUAGCUGUGUCUCUGUGAGGGUGAGAAUGAUAAUGGAGAGAGAAGCCUUAGCUGCGUCUCUGUGAGGGUGAGAAUGGUAAUGGAGAGAGAAGCCUUAGCUGUGUCUCUGUGAGGGUGAGAAUGAUAAUGGAGAGAAAAGCCUUAGCUGUGUCUCUGUGAGGGAGAGAAUGUUAAUGGAGAGAGAAGCCUUAGCUGUGUCUCUGUGAGGGUGAGAAUGAUAAUGGAGAGAGACGUCUUAGCUUUGUCUCUGUGAGGGUGAGAAUGAUAAUGGAGAGAGAAGCCUUGGCUGCUAGCUAUGUUCCUGUUGUCUUUCUGUGUUGUCAGUGUCAGGAGGCCUGGCACUCAGCAGCUCCUAAAAUGGCCUCAUAGAAGAGAGAGUGAGAGAGACCCCUGUCAAAUAGCAUUCUCAGCAACUAUCCAACUGAGCUGUUGGCUUAGCUAAGACCCCCAUAUCUCUCUCUCUCGCUCUCCAUUUCUCAAUUCAAACAGGAUUUAUUGGCAUGGGAAACGUAUGUUUACAUAGUCAAAGCAAGUGAAAUAACCAGAAAUUGCCAACAAACAUUACACACACACAAAAAAAAAAAUAUUUAUCUUUCCUCUCUGUUCUGUUCUCUCUCGGCUCUCUCUGUUUUAUCUCGGCUCUGUCGGUUCUCUCUCUCUCUGUUUGUAGUCUGUCAUUACAUCCCUCCCUCCCCCUGUUCACGAUGACGUCCCAUUCUAACACUGUGGCUCACGCUAACCUACAGUGCAUUCGGAAAUUAUUUGAUCCCUUGACCCCUUUUCCCUAUUUUGUUCCAUGUUUUUUUUAGAGUAAGGCUCUAAUGUAUCAGCAAUCUACACACACUACCCCAUAAUUGCAAAUAUAUAAACAGAAAUACCUUAUUUACAGAUAUUUUGCUGUGAGACUCGAAAUUGAGCUCAGGUGUAUCCUUUUUCCAUUGAUCAUCUUUGAGAUGUUUCUACAACUUGAUUGGAGUCCAUCUGUGGUAAAUUCAAUUGAUUGGACAUGAUUUGAAAAGGUACACACCUGUACCUAGGUCCAACAGCUGACAGUGCACGUCAGAGCAGAAACCAAGCCAUGAGGUCCAAGGAAUUGUCCUUAGAGCUCCGAUACAGAAUUGUGUCGAGGCACAGAUCUGGGGAAGGGUACCAAAACAUGUCUGUAGCAUUGAAGGUCCCCAAGAACACAGUGGCCUCCAUCAUUCAUAAAUGGACUACGUUUGUAACCACCAAGACUCUUCCUAGAGCUGGCCGCCUGGCCAAACUGAGCAAUCGGGGGGAAAAGGGCCUUGGUCAGGAAGGUGACCAAGAACCCGAUGGUCACUCUGACAGAGCUCUAGAGCUCCUCUGUGGAGAUGGUGGUCCUGCUGGAAGGUUCUGCCAACUCUGCAUAACUCCACCAAUCAGGUCUUUACGGUAGAGUGACCAGAUGGAAUCCACUCCUCAGUAAAAAGAACAUGACAGAGAGAUCCUUGAUGAAAACCUGCUCCAGAGCGCUCAGGACCUCCAACUGGGGAGAAGGUUCACCUUCCAACAGGACAACGACCCUAAGCACACAGCCAAGACAACACAGGAGUGGCUUCGGGACAAGUCUCUGAAUGUCCUUGAGUGGCCCAGCCAGAGCCCGGACUUGAACCCGAUCGAACAUCUCUGAAGAGACCUGAAAAUAGCUGUGCAGCGACGCUCCCCAUCCAACCUGACAGAGCUUGAGAAGAUCUGCAGAGAAGAAUGGGAGAAACUCCCAAAUACAGGUGUGCCAAGCUUGUAGCGUCGUCCCCAAGAAAACUUGAGGCUGUAAUCGCUGACAAAGGUGCUUCAACAAAGUACUGAGUAAAGGGUCUGAAUACUUAUGUGAAUGUUCAGUUUUUUAAAUAUUUUUUUUUAUACAUUUUCCAAAAAAUAUCUAAAAACCUGUUUUUGAUUUGUCAUUAUGGGGUAUUCUGUGUAGAUUGAUUUAUACAGUAACUGUAUACCUGAGUCGAUGUGCAGGGGUACGAGGUAAUAACAUGGCUAUAUACAGGGAGUACCAGGGGUACGAGGUAAUAACAUGGCUAUAUACAGGGAGUACCAGGGGUACGAGGUAAUAACAUGGCUAUAUACAGGGAGUACCAGGGGUACGAGGUAAUAACAUGGCUAUAUACAGGGAGUACCAGGGGUACGAGGUAAUAACAUGGCUAUAUACAGGGAGUACCAGGGGUACGAGGUAAUAACAUGGCUAUAUACAGGGAGUACCAGGGGUACGAGGUAAUAACAUGGCUAUAUACAGGGAGUACCAGGGGUACGAGGUAAUAACAUGGCUAUAUACAGGGAGUACCGGGGUAUAUAUACUUCAAUUCAAGGAGCUUUAUUGGCAUGGGAAACAUGUGUUAACAUUGCCAAAGCAGGUGAGGUAGAUAUCUCUCUCUCUCUCUUUACCUCUCUCUUUCUCUCUCUAAAACCUCUCUCUCUCUCUUUACCUUUAUCUCUCUCUCUCUCUCUACCUCUCUCUCUCUACCUCUCUCUCUCUACCUCUCUCUCUCUCUACCUCUCUCUCUCUCUUUAUCUCUCUCUUUCUCUACCUCUCUCUCUUUAUCUCUCUCUUUCUCUACCUCUCUCUCUCUCCACCUAUCUCUCUCUACCUCUCUCUCUCUACCUCUCUCUCUACCUCUCUCUCUCUCUAUCUCUACCCCUCUCUCUCUCUCUCUCUCUCUCUCUCUCUACCUCUCUCUACCUCUACCUCUCUCUACCUCUCUUUACCUCUCUCUCUCUACAUCUCUCUCUCUCUCUCUAUCUCUACCUCUCUCUCUCUCUCUCUACCUCUCUCUACCUCUACCUCUCUCUACCUCUCUUUACCUCUCUCUCUCUCUCUCUCUCUCUCUCUCUCUCUCUCUCUCUCUCUCUCUCUCUCUCUCUCUCUCUCUCUCUCUCUCUCUCUCUCUCUCUCUCUCUCUCUCUCUCUACCUCUCUCUCUCUCUACCUCUCUCUCUAUUUAUAUAUGAUAUGUCAGGCGUUCAUAAAUAUCUUGUCAUCGUCAGCUCUUCUCUUCUCUUCUCACAUGAUAACUUGCUCGUGUUCCAUAUUCCAUUUAAGACAGUACUUGGUUGCUCGUUGCAACAUUACUGAAGUUGAAACUGAUCUGCUGGUAAUUUCAUCUCUGCCAAUAGGAGAUGUUGGCGGUAGUAUUUUGAAUCACUGUAAUAUAAAUAUAAUUUCUCUGCAUUUGUUGGAAUCCCAGCAAGAUUUUUCAUUUAUAUUCUGUUCACAUUUAUGGUGCCCAUGUCACGUUGACCUUCUGCAGCGGCCAUCUUGUUUCGUUAUAGGAUGUUUUCUUGGAACAGUAUCUUUCUCUCUCUGUGGAGGAGCACAAAGGGCCUGUUGUCAAGGCUGCAGGUUGCCAUGGAAGCAGCUUGUUCAUGGGAGCAUGUUCUGGUCCAAAGGUUCAGCUUAUUUGACUGGUUAAUCUCUGCAAUAAAAAAUCUCAUUCUCAGGAAUUCCCUGAUGGCCAGAAUUAUCUACUGAGGGGUUCCCUCACUGCAAGGUCCUGAUAGAAUUGUCCAUAGGUUGACUGUGAUAAAUCAGUUAAUUGAUUAAGCUAAUUCUCUCUCUCUUGUG